AUGGCUUUAUUGGGCUCGCUGUUGGGCCAGUUUGCGACGCUCCCGUAUCCCAACGAGGACUGCACUGGCCGAACCAUAAUCGUCACGGGCGCCAACUCUGGCCUCGGUCUCGAAGCCGCGCGCCAUUUCGUGCGCCUCAAUGCUGCUAAGGUGAUCCUGGCAUGUCGCAGCGUCGACAAGGCCGAGGCCGCCCAACACGACAUCGAGGGCUCUACAAAGCGCCUCGGUGUCAUCGACGUCUGGCAGCUGGACCUCGCUUCCUUCGACAGCGUCAAGGAGUUUGCCGCCCGGGCAGCCCGGCUGGAGAGGCUCGACGUGCUCCUCAACAACGCCAGCGUCCUCGCCUUUGACUGGGCCCUGUCCGAGGGCCACGAGACUAUGGUGACGGUCAAUGUCAUCUCGACCUUGCUGCUCACCGUCUUGCUGCUGCCCACCCUCCGCCGGACGGGCACCCGCUUCAACCUGACGCCACACGCCGUCAUCGUCUCGUCGGGCGGCGCCUUUCUGACCUACUUCCCGGAGAGGAGGGCCGACGAGAUGCUCAACCGCCUCAAGGUGAACCGAAACUAUUACGAGCGCUACAACACCACCAAGCUCAUGCAGCUCAUGGCGAUGCGCAAGCUGGCCCAGGCCGCCGACGCCUCGGGAAAGGGCCGCGUCGUCGUCAACUCGCUCGACCCGGGCUUCUGCAGGACACAGCUGUUCCGGCGCAUCCCCUUCCCCUUCAACUGGGCCAUGGGGCCCGCAUUUGCCGUCUUUGGCCGCUCUGCCGAGGUGGGGUCGCGGACGCUCAUGGCGGCGGCUUUUAGCAACGAUGAGACGCACGGCCGGUGGAUGGCCAAUUGCAAGCUGCACGUGUGGCCGUCGCUCAUGGCCGGGGACGAGGGCGAGAGGGUCAUGGACAAGCUCUGGGGCGAGCUGACUGGCGUUCUCGAGGGCAUCGAACCCGGGGUCAUGGGGAAUGUCUGA